UACCUAUUGACAAGAAAAUUUACAGGGUUAAAUUUACGCAGAUGUUGCGUAUAUAUUCAUUUAUAUGUGCAUAUUGUUUUUGGAUAUAUUAAUUAUUUAUUUGUUUAUUAUAUCUUGUACAUUUUGAUAUACUUUGAGAGAUUCAUCAUCAUUUCCUAUGCUUCUAUUAUCUAUUCGUACCAAUAUAUCAAACUGAAUGUGUUUACGAAUGUCCUUUGCACAUUAAAUAUAUAAUUUUUCAAUUUUGUUCUGAUAAAAAAUAAUGUUUGUAUUUUUUGUUUAUGAAUACUUUAUUGAAUAAUCGAUAAUUAAUCGUUUAAAACAAUAUAUUGUGAAUGGUUAAAAAUCACAGUACUACUGUGCUAGCAUUAUUUUGUUCAUGGAUAUAUUAAUAUUUUAGAACUAAAUGUAAUAUAUAAUGAAGCAAUUAAACAAAUUUUUAAUAAAAUAUUAAGGUUGACAAGACAAUUUGAUAUUUUAAAACAUGAAACAGUGUUGUUUAAGCCACCAACUUCAACUGUGGCUUAUGUUUCUUGUCUUUUGUGUAAUGUGCAAUAGAGCAGAUAUUUUAGUAUUUUCUGCGGCUGCAAGACAUCAAAUUGAAGAAGAAUUUAGAGACAUGCCUGCCAGAUUUGGAGGUUUGAUACCAUCUGAAGGGAUUAAGGGGAUGGUUGUAUAUGCAGAACCACCUACAGCAUGUCAUGAAAUACAGGGUCCUCCUAAUAGUACGAGUUAUAUUGGUAAUUGGAUAGCUUUAAUUGCUCGCUAUAACUGUAGUUUUGAAAGAAAAGUACGAAUGGCUCAAAAAGCUGGUUAUGAUGCUGUAAUUAUACAUAAUGUAAACAGCAACAAACUAGAACCAAUGUUAGCUAAAGAUCCUACAGGAAUAAUAAUACCAUCAGUAUUUGUCAGUGAAAUUACAGGAUUGAUUAUUAAAGAAAAUUAUUUAUAUGAUGAAUUAUAUUUUGUAUUAAUCAAUGAUGACACUCCAUUUAAUAUAACACAUUUACUUUUGCCUUUUGCUAUUGUCGUAGGGAUAUGUUUUCUAAUCAUGGUUAUCUUUAUGAUUGUUAGGUGUAUUAAAGAUAGAAGAAGGCAACAAAGACAUAGAUUACCUAAUUCAAGUUUGAAAAAGAUUCCUACGCACAAGUAUACAAAAGGUGAUCCAUAUGAAACAUGUGCUAUUUGUUUAGAUGACUAUGCUGAGGGUGAAAAAUUAAGAGUUUUACCUUGUGCACAUGCAUAUCAUACAAAAUGUAUUGACCCUUGGCUAACAAAAAAUCGUAGGGUUUGUCCUGUUUGUAAACGGAAAGUUUUUGCAGCGGAUGAACAAGUUGUUACUGACGAAAGUGAUUCGGAUGCCGACGAUACGACACCUUUGAUUCGAGAAGGCCAUCAAGGUACUCAAGGUGGAACAUUUUCACGACAGAGAGAGAAUCCUUUUAAUCGUGCCAGAAGAUCGCAAACAAGACAACAUGAUAUGAUUCACUUCAAUACUAGUUCUGAUUCUGAAGAAUUAUUAGAUACAACAGAUGAAGAAGCUAGUGUAAGUGCUGGAGAACCAUCUAGUGGCACUGUUUUCAGGCCGUUUGAUAUUCAUAGUAUUAAUGGCGAGUUACCGGACUUGGAAUGUUCUGUGAGCAGUACUAAACCACAUACGGUAAAUUUAUACACAGAUGUUGAAGAAUUUCCAGCCCCUGUUGUUCAAAUUACAAAUUGCAAUAUACGAACAAAUUCACAAACAUCGAAUUCGGGCGGGUCUGUACCAAUCGAAAGUGAAGCUACAAAUUUUAUUAAUACAGAUUCUGAAGAGAUCAAUAUUCAUGUAUAAAAUUCGGUUAUAUCUAUUUUUUAUUAUAUAUCUAUAUAAUCAAUAAGAUUGAUAUGUUUUUUUAAGACGUUACAAAAUCUGAUAUAGACUAAUUAAUAAUUCAUAACUAUACAAAAAAAA